CGGCAAGGACCCGCCGAGCUCUGGCAGCGGCGCCGGCCAGCCCGCUCCUCUCCGCUGCGCGCCCAGUCGUCCAGCGCAGCAGCUCCGCGUGCGCCCCUCGCCCUCCAGCCUCUGCCCAGCCACUGCCGCCAUGGUCGCGUCCUCCACGCGGCCCGCCGUCCUGGCCCUGACCGGGCUGGCGCUGCUCCUGCUGCUGUGCCUUGGUCCAGGUGGCAUAAGUGCAAAUAAACUCAAGCAGAUGCUUCAGAAACAAGAAGCACCUGCUCUGACUAAGACCAAAGUGGCCAUGGAUGAGAGUAAAGCCAAAGAAUUCCUGAGCAGCCUGAAGCGCCAGAAGCGGCAGCUGUGGGACCGGACUCGACCAGAGGUGCAGCAGUGGUACCAGCAGUUCCUCUACAUGGGCUUUGAUGAAGCGAAAUUUGAAGAUGACAUCACCUAUUGGCUAAACCGGGAUCGAAAUGGACACGACUACUAUGGUGAUUACUACCAACGUCACUACGAUGAAGACUCUGCCAUUGGUCCCCGGAGCCCCCAUAGCUUUAGGCAUGGAGCCAGUGUCAAUUAUGAUGACUACUGACCAUCACUGCCACACACGUAUAAGAAACCCGUGGUGCUUCCCUUAGGUAUCUCACAGUCCCUUACACUAUGUGGUUUCUGUUGUGGAUCUUUUCAACCCAAGUUUUGUGACUUUUGAUAUUUCAUGCAAGUACCUAAUAAUAUCUCAUUUAAAACUGGAAAUAAAAAGCAUUUUGUCAAAAACAGAAGGCUCAGAAUUUAUUUGGGUGAAAAUCGAGCUGG